AUGCUCUUAGAGCCAAAUCUCACAACUCCAUUUCCUGGUGGUGGUGGUGGCAGCUGUCCACCAGUCGGUAUUCAACUGGAAGGCGUGAUCCUACCGCCAGUCUUCACCAUUGAUGUCAUACUGGGACUGCUGGGAAACAUAUUCGCCCUGUGGAUCUUCUGGUUUAAACUGAAGGCUUGGAACACCAACAACUUGUUCCUCUUCAACCUGGUCAUUGCGGACUUCCUGGUUCUAGUGAGUCUGCCGCUGAGGAUUGACACCCUUCUUAGGGGCUAUUGGAUGUUUGGAGAUGGCUUGUGCCGGAUCCAUCUCUUCCUCAUGUUUUGCAAUCGUUCGGCCAGCAUUGCACUGAUGACCUUGGUGGCCAUUAACCGCUACUUUAAGGUGGUCCAUCCUCACCACUACUUUAACCGCAUUACCAAGCAGCAGGCUGCAUUUGUUUUGCUGUUUGUCUGGCUCCUGGUGAUCAGCACUUGGGUUCCCAUACUGGCAUUCAACCAUAUCAAGAACAUCCGCAACAACACCCAGUGCUUCUUCUUCGCUUCAUACAAGGAGGACGGUUCCACCAUCAUGGUGGGUACAUACCGUAUCCUGACAGUCCUGGAGUUCAUCCUCCCACUGGCCAUGCUGCUCUUCUGUUCCAUCCAGAUCUCCAGCUCCUUGAAGAAGCGACAGAUGGGAAAACUGGCCAAGGUGCGCAAGGCGAUGAGAGUGUGUGUCGUUAUUGUCACAGUGUACAUGGUUUGCUUCCUGCCCACCACAGUGACGACCAUCGGGUUGUGGGUCAUCCGCUCGUAUCGCCCAUGGGACUGUAACGCCUUCUACACCUUCACCCAGCUCACCAUUGCGUCUUUUGGGUUAAACUUCCUGAACUCUGCCCUGGACCCCAUCAUCUACGUCUUCUCCAGCACCAUGUUUAGGAGGGCGCUGUUGGGUGCUCUGCCCCGUGCCCUGCGCUGCAGACAGGACACAGAGGAGAGCACAGUGUCCUCAGCAAGAACUCAAUCCACCACCCAGCAAGAGCUGAAGUCCAUGAGUGCUGACAGCGGGAGUGAGGCCAUAUCAUAAACUAUAGAGUGUCUAAGUCCCGCCCUCCAGCUUAUGGUCCUUGAGACUUACUUAAGAAAAAAAUAUGAAAGGGUGUCAAUGGACAGAGAUUUAAAAAACUGUUGGUCUCAUUUGAAUUGCGCCAUGAUUGUUAUGAGGAAGGAGAAGGAGUUUUGAACUAGACCAUUGUUUGCAUUAGCAACGAAAUUGCUGAUAGCUUGUAGUAGCGGGCAUGGCGACACAUAAAAAUAGUACCAGGCCUGUAAAAAGAAGUGGUAACGUGGAGAGGGUCCCUAUAAACAAAUUGAAGUAUUGUAAACUUUGAAACUUUGAAUACAAACAUGAUGCAUGUUUGUAUUGUAAACAUACAGUACAUCACGUUCAGUCAUAUCUGCCCAGUGCUAGAAGAAGUUAAACAUGCCAGAUGACAAGCUUAGGUAAUGCACUGACUUCAUAAACAGUCCUUAUUAUAACCUCUCUGUACACUUUCAAAGUAA